GAACGUGAACCAAAUAAACAGAUAAACAGCCAUUUUCAUAUACUUUUGAUAUUGAUGAAACAGGAUUUAUUUAAGUCUAUAAUACCUGUUAUGCACAACAACAAAAUAUUUUUUGUAGCUUAUAUUGUGGCUUAGGCUGUCACGAUAAUUAAAUAAUCGCCCGUUUGCAGUUAUAUGAGCAAACAGAAAUGACUUCAGAUAUCCCCAAUUACUGCGCACGAUUAGAAAGACAAACGGGAAUUUGGUGUUUUCAAUUUAAAAUUAUAUUGUGACACAAUAUGUUACAGUUAUUUAACGAAGCACACAAAAAUGGUAUGAUAAUAAGUCAUAAUAAUUUUCGAGCUCUAACAGACAACUAUUAAUCACAAUUAUUCAGCAGAGAAUUAAUCAUAAGCCACAUGUCAUCAUGACAGGUAAGGCUGUAAAAAGACCAUUCAUGAUUCAUUGCAUGUAGAAUAAAAGUUUGUGUUUACAUAGGUUAAUAUAUGUCUGUGUACUGUCCAUGUUAAUGUUGUAUUUAUAAACACAUACACAUACAUGCAUGCAUAUAUUAAAAAAAAUAAAACAUAAGUUAAUAAACGUUUAUAUAUACUUUCAAUUAUUGGUCAUUUAAAUAAAUAUUUCCUAAAUAUACAUUACAUAUAUGUGUAUGUUACUGUGCACAGUACACAGAAAUAUUAUAUAAACACAAAUGUUUUAUUCCGGACACAGUAAAUCAGGAUUAAUCGUUUGACACACGCCUAUCUAUUGCUUUCCCAAAGAAUUCACCACAAUUGGACACAUCAAAGCCUCUACUGUUUUUUAACUGCAGUACUGUCAUCUUAGCCUACAUAUUGUACUCAGAAAUACAUUCCUCACAUGUUUCAGAUAACCCACAGAGAAAAACAUGCAAAGAAAGGAGAAGAGAGACAGGCUGCAUGGACUCUUUUGAGGGACCAGGGAUCAAAAACGCGUUCCCAGCCCCACCACAAUUCACACUCAAACCCAAUACCUCAAACCCCCCCAAUGUCUGUUUUGUGUGUUUGUGUUUGCAGUUGCAAUUAAACGAAUAUUGUACUCUGAACCACAGAAGAGAGGGACUGAUACAUUGAUUCAAAUUGUUCAACGGCAUAGGAUUAAAUGUUUUGAUAGUCUGUCUGGGAAUGUUUUGUUUAGCAUUUGUUUUUUACAGAAGUGGACAACAUAUGUAAGUUCAGAUGUAGUUCUUUUGUCCACACUGGCAGUUCUGCUACGACCACAUAAAUAAUUGUAGCUUCUAAAAAACGAGCUUAGAGACUUAACGUCUUUACGUAUUGUUUCAUCAUAUCCUGAAAGAUAUGCGUUCACGAAAGAAGAUGCGUCUCGUUUUUUCUUCAUAAAUCUGGCUAAUAUACUAAAAUGUCAUUGAGAAAUGAAUAGUAACGUGAAGCGGGCGUGUUCUUUCGCAUAUGUGUUCACUGGUUGACAGUAUUUGACAUUUCUGCUAUUUGGGGCCUGCAGUCAAUAGCUCGUUUAGCAGCAGAACCGCAAACGUCUUCCCUAGCAUACAGGAAGCGAGUGACACGAUUUAUUUGGUUCAAAAUCGUGUCCGUAUCAUCGUUUGACGCGUUGAAAAUGCGUGUCUCAUAGCCGGUAUAUGAAUCGGUGAAAAGUACAUUGUGUUGGCCAAAUGAUUUCAUUUUUGCAUUAUGUUUCACGGCUGGUGGGUAGUUAGCUAGCGGUAUCUGGCAGGGUUAGCUCGCAAGCUCGCACAAAACAGCUCGGGCUCAAUGAAUGACCGCGAGCGCUCGUGCCACUGUAGCCAUUUAACUUUUGUUAGUGUUUCAGGACGAUGCGCUUUUGUCACUUCGAUUUAGGGUCUUAAACGGCAAUUAUUAAGUAAUAGGCCCUCCGCCAUCUUAAGCCGAACAGUGGAUGUAUUUUUAACCCACCCAUAUUCGGGAUCCGAGCGAAAGUACCGAAACGGAAGUGGCUAACAAAUAGUGCACAAGGCUUAGCCAGCUGUCGUCUUUCUUUGCCCGAUCAUUUCAAUGAUAUUGACGGCGGAGACGCAGUGCACGCACGCCUUCCGGCGCCUUGCGUCAGUGCGGCCUGACCUCCAGACGCACGCGGAAACGAUACGAUAUGCGGGUGUGAUUGUAUGGAGACCAUGCAGAACUGAGUCUGUCCUGGCUCUUCUAAUUUAUCUGGGCUGUGUCACUCCGCUUCACAUUGGUCCGAUGAUAACAAGCCCACGCUCUGCCUUCUCUGCCACACGUAGCAGCAGUGCACUGGGUGGCAUUCAGCAAACCGUGACCUUUGACCGCCUCCUUGUCAACAUUGGUGAUGACUUCAACCCAGAUACAGGUCGAUUCCGUUGCCGCUUUCCGGGCGCAUACUACUUCUCAUUUACGGUUGGAAAGUUUCCAGAAAAAAUGCUGUCGGUCAUGUUGGUGAAGAACGGUUUGGAGGUGCAGGCCAUGGCGUUCGACGGAUUCCGGAACCAGGGCCGAAAAGUGCACAGUCAAAGUGUCAUGAUCAGUCUGAAGCCCAUGGACACGGUUUACCUGCUGCUUCAGGAGAGCCCCAACUACGCCAUCUACAGCAACGUCGGACAGUACAUCACGUUUAGCGGUUAUCUGGUCUACCCAGAAUCCACCUCCUCUCUUGGGUACCUCAGUAACCACCUGUCUCCUCCAGGGCUCCAUCUUCCAGGUUGUCCUCCCCCUGGAGACCCUCAAUAUACCUGGGGAGGAAGAGGAGCCCAUGAGGAACCACGCUCUGCAUUUUCUGUCGCGAGGACAUCGUCUGCACUGGGGAAAAGCAAAGGACGUCGGGAGAGAGAAGCUCUUACAUUUGACGUGGAGUACGUGAACAUAGGUGGCCAUUUUAACAAAACAUCAGGACGUUUCACCUGCCACUUUCCAGGUGCGUAUUACUUCGCAUUUACUGUGGGGAAGCACCCUCGCCGGGCAGUGUCGGUGAAACUGAUGACAGGAAGAGGAGAAGUGAAGGCCAUGGUGUUCGAUGAGGACACGUCUCGGAGGAGAGAGAUGCAAAGUCAGAGUCUACUGUUGGCGCUGAGGAGAGGAGAAACCGUCUGGCUGUACAGUCAACAGGAGGAGGGCUAUGCCGUUUACAGCAACCAGGGACGCUUCACAACCUUCUCUGGUUUUCUAGUCUACCCUGAUAGUGAAUCAUUAGACCGAAAUUUCUCUUGAGACCCUGAGCCAGCUGUAGCGCUAAAUAAUUAAUGUGCGUGUUUUAACCAUUUGUUUUUUGUACUAAAAGUGUCAAUGUUUGCAUUCCUCUUGCUAAUGUUGUGUGUUUUUAUAUAUCAGUAAAAUAUAUCUCUUAAUAUUCAUUAUUGUAUUUGUGUCAGGUACUUAUUCAGUGUAAUUGAUUACAUGUAUGUCAACCAAAUUUAUAAUGCUUGGAUAACCUUUAAUAAGCAUAGUGAUGUCUUUCAGUAAUAACAUCAAAUAAAAAUACUUUGCAGAUGGAUGAGCUUUGAAUCUGAGUUCAUAUAUUGUAGAAUUUAUGACCCUG